AUGGUUCGAUAUCUGUUUAUCUUCUUAUUCAGCAGAAUUAUUAAAAUGGCGUGAUCUAACGUGGACUUCUGGUGACCCACGAGUUGAUCCGGGCCCAGAAAAGGCGUGCCACAUGGCGAUAGUUCUCCGGGUGGGUUUUUGGUCUAGGAGCUGGCCUUAAAUCUUUUUUCCUUACUUGCAGAGUCCCUACCGGCGUAGACUCCCAAUACUGCUCCAUGGGUACAAUCUUCGAGCCUGCAAUAAGGCUCUGACAGGCCAUGGAGGAGACAAAAGACGAUCCACCUAUACUCUUGAGCCCUGUCAGAGGCUAAGGGAGUCUUUUGCAGAAUUUUGGGACCAAGAAAGGCGACACCGAUCGGUAGGGGUGUCUCCCCGUUUAGACCCAUUUUUUGGUGACGUCAGAAGCAAAAAGAUGGUGUGUGAUGGUAGCGCUUAGCGCCGAAGCUAAGCUAUCCGUUGGAAGGAGGGGGGGAAAUAAACCUCGACGACCCGCUAUAAUUUAACUAAUCUAAUCUUAUUCAGCCUGGCAAACUCUUAUCUUAUUGCAGAUACUUCCAAGCCUAAUCCAGUCUCUCCUUCCUCUGCAAACGCGGGUGAAACUGGAGUCGAUUAUUGGUUUUUCAUGGAGAUCGAGCAAGGAAUCUCAGCAGGCGACUAUUUAAUCAUAGUUUUCCCAAGCCAGUUUUCAGAUAUAGGCAUGGGCACUGGGCAAAGCUGUUUAAUCAAUGAUGUAGUCCACUCCUGCUCUGAAUCAAACAAUGUUAUUGUCACAAUCACCCUCUCAUCAACAAUCUCUUCAGUUACCCGCUUAAGGGUAAAAGUUCCAAAUAUAACUAAUCCAUCAAGCUCUAUGGGAACUGGAUACUUUACAAUCUACUCACAAAUGCAUAAUGGAGGACAAAUCAUUGAUUCUAACGAUGCUUUUGGGAAACGAAAUAUAUAUGAGUUUUUUGCAUUAUUUUUUUUAAAAAAAUAUAACUUUUUAUAGUGAUAGAAACUUUGCCACUGGCUAAACGUUUUUUAUUCUUUGAAUAUAGCAAAUAGUACCAAAGCUCUUAUUCAUUAUAAAGUGUAUAUUAGCUUUUUAUAGAAAAAAUUAUAAUUAAUUGCAUAGAAAAAUGAAAUUUUUGCUUUUUGGGUAAUCGGGUUUGCUAAGUCAGUAACCUCGAUGACUGGGGCAGUAACCUCAACCACGAUUGCACUGACAAAAACUAGUGACUAUACAUUUACUUUUACGCUUGCCAGCUCUCUAUCAGCUGGCUCUACUUUUACGAUAACUAUCCCAAGCCCUUUUUCAAUAACUUCAACUACCUCAUGCAUUCCUGUAGCUUAUUCAACAGGGGUCGCUGUGAUUCCUGGCACUUAUACAUGCACAAGCUCAGGAAACAUCCUCACUUUAUCAGGUCUUUCUCAAAAUUUAGCCUCAGGCGUUCAAGUCGGGAUUAAAGUGACUUCAAUUAUGAAUCCCUAUUACAGCUUGUCUGCUAGUGCAGCAAAUUUCAUAGUCCAAACAAUAAUGCCGAACUCAGAAAUUAUCGUCGACAGGGCAUCAAUAUCUAGUCUUGCAGUCCCAGCAGGUGUAAUAAGCUCAAUCUCACAUGACCCCUAUACAAGUGGGAGUGACUUUUCUAGCGGAAAUACAUUAUAUACAUUACUGAAUUUUACAACUCAAACUGCAGUGCCCGUAGGGGGAACUAUUACUAUUGAUUAUAAAGCAACCUUAGAUUCAAGCUCUUGCUAUAUUGUAAGUGGAUUGCCUAACAAAACUGAUGGAAGCUUUUAUUCAUGCGCAGUGAGUGGGACUGUUGCUACAAUAAGUAACUUUGGAGCAAUAGAUGCAGGAAAAACUAUUUCAGUUGCAAAUUUAUUAACUGUUGGAUCAUCUAGUAUCACUUCUGCAACAAUAACGACGUCAGUUACGAUUAAUUCAAGUUCAAUGACUAUAGAUACAAAUUCAGCAACCUGGGGCUUUACAUUGGCGUCAUCGUAUUCUGGAUCCCAACCUACAUCUACUUCAUUUACAUACCAGAACAAUGCUGGAGGAACUGGCUAUGCUACUAUUGGCCUGACUCGUACAUAUUCAGGCAUAGAAAGUUUUACUAUUUAUAUGCCGAGCGAUUGCAGCAUUACGGCAGGAGAUAUAAUAACGCUAACAUGGUUGGAUAGCAGCAAUGCUGCUUUGACCACUAUUUCUUCUCCAACUUGAAGUGGUCAGUCUAUUUAUUUCCAAACAACUUAUACUGGCUCUAGUAUAGCUUCAACCAUUAAAAUAGCCCCAGCUCUUGGAUUCAAUUAUCCUACACUUGCAAGCUCUAAAUCUCAUCCUCUCGAAUGGGUUAUCAAAAUAGGUAGCCAAUCAUUGACUACUCUUCAAACAACUCUAAAUCCAAAAGCAUUCGAUACUUCUGCUGGAAAAACAGGAAUUUCAUAUUCUAAGGCUGUCAGCAUUUAUUAUCCUUAUACUUUUAGCAUCCAAGUUGAUCAAGCUCUUACUAUAGUAAAUAACAGGAAACUAUUUUUCUCAGUUGAUUUUCCAACCUCAUCUGCAUUCCCAGACAAGUUAGGGACAGGAUAUGCCUAUUCUACAGCGACUUCAAUCCCUUGCUCACCAUAUACACUAAAGGAUUUAAAGACAGCCUCAGUGACUUGCACUUUGACUACAGCUAGCGGUUCUUCUAAUGUUAAAAUUACAAAUUUCGAUUCAAUUGCAGCAGGGACACUUAUAAGUUUUACUUUAUUAAUCCAAAAUGGGGCAAGUUUAGCUACUACAAGCAUAACUAUAAAGUCUGGCUAUACAGACAGCAAUUCAGUCUCCCAAAUUGUCCAGCAAAGUUCUAUUUCAGUGACUUUUUCGAGUACAGCCUCUACAUGGACAACAUCUACGAUAUCCAGAGACAAUACUAUUGUAGGGACUGUUACACCUUUGAAUGUUACCUUACAGCUUCCUACAGCAGAUUCCCAAGCUUAUGAUCUCUUAUUAAUCGUUUUCCCGGCUCUCUGGAGUAUUAAUUCCAAAAGCUUUUCUAUGAGCAUUGACUCAAUUCCAAUAACUAAAUACAGCCUUUUCCAGAAUUCAUAUGCGCCAGCAGUUUAUAUGACAAUAGACGACGUUAUAAGCCAUUCAGCUUCAAGCAUUCUUAAUAUUGUAGGAAUGAAAAACGGGCCAUAUGAAGGAUCUGGCUCAGGAAAUCUUCAAGUUACUAUGAUAACAAAUAGCACUUUGGCAGUCCAAGCCAGUUCUUCGGUAUCAUUAACCUCUGCAACUCAUAAUACUUUAACUCUUUCAGUGUCUCCCAAUUCAAUGCAUCAGACUGCAGGAGAUGUCACUUUUAGAUUUUCCAUAGUAAACCCUACUUCUAUUCCAGCAGGAGGAUAUAUCGUAAUAACAUUUCCAAGUGGUUUUGACUUAGUAUACAGUACCUGCUCAUAUUCAUAUUUAUUAUCAAGUGCUUCAACCUGUACUUUUAGCUCUCAGACUAUUAAAAUUACAGGAUUCACUACAAUAGCUGCUGGAACUUCUUUUUCUGUAAAAGUUUUGACAGUCAAAAAUCCAUCUACAGCUACAAGUGGCUCUUUUUCAGUGACGACCUAUUAUGAUUCAUCAGCAACGCUAACCAUUGAUAGUGCUACUUAUACAGGCUUUAAUAUGACGAGUGCUGCUGUAUCUGGGAGUGUAUAUAUUACAGCCCUCUCUUUUUUCCCAAUGUCAGCUGGCACUAAAGGCCAAUUUCUGCUUGAUUUUUCACUUGACUCUUCUGUGCCUCAUGGAGGAAGCCUUACUAUCACAGUCCCAAGCAGUUUUUCUUUACCAUCUACAAUGGAUACCAGCAAUUGCAUAUUCAAUCUUCAGUACUCAUCCUGCUCUAAAUCUGGGAAUGUAAUUACAAUUCAACCUUAUAAAAGCUUCCCAGCUGGGAUUGAAAUGAUUCUGAUAAUUCCUGAUAUAACAGUUCCUACCAAUAGUACAUCCCCUAUACAGAUUUCGUCAAUGUGGAGUAGUCUUACAAUGUCGACUAAUCCUAGUUCUCCGUCUUCCGCAUUCUAUUUAAACACUUAUACAGCAACGACAACUGCUAUUCAAGCUACAGUCAACUUUUGGCCUAAAAAUGCGGCUGAAUUGGCAACUUAUAAUUUCUCGUUAACUACAGCUUCACAGCUGAAUACUACUUUUUCAAUAGUCAUUUGGUUCCCUAAGGAGUACCCUGCUUUUAUGGGCGAGCUAAGGUGUUCCUCAUCUGCAGGUAUCCUCCUGACUGGUGCCUUGACUUGUGACAGCUCUUCUUAUAUGCGCGGAGUAGUCCUCAGUGGCUUCGCUCAGACUGCUGCAGGGACAGCUUUUAAUAUCAUCAUUGAAAAUGUGCCUAACCCUAUAUCCUCAACAACCACAAGCGCCUUUUCAAUAGUCUCAAUUGAUGCAAACAACAAAGUAAUUGAUCAAUUAACAUCUUCACUGACUGUGACAAUAUCUAAUCUUCCAGCCCUUUUAACUCUUAACUCUAUUUCUCUUGACAAUUACUCUAUUUUUGCAACAGCUGCCUAUACAUUUACGUCUACCUUCUCCUCAAUUCCAAGCAAGUUCCAAAUCUGGUACAGGUUCCCUAUGGAAAACUUUGACAGAGAGCUCCCAGGUCUUAGCGACUCCUAUAACUGCUCAACCCUUGCAGUCUCCAAAGCAACGUCCACAGCAACCUCUUCUUGGGUAUCCUCAGUCACCUGUUCUAACCCUUACCACAAUUUACUUGUGAUGUCAGGGGCGUCAGGCAGUAUUGGGUCUUCUUAUUACUUGCAGACUACUUUUAAAGAUGUAAAGUCCUCAUCUUCAGAAGGAAUCAGCAAGGCUUUUGUGAUGUCAGUUUUUAAUGUGGAUACAAUGUCAAUUGUAGACAGAAGCUAUGGAACUGCAUCAAGUGGAGACGUUGUGAGCUAUAUAGACGAAAAACAGGAUAUUAUUAUUAGUACUGCUGAUGGGGUGUUAGAAAUCACCCCAGGGACUCAGAUUACGUUUUAUAUACAUACUUCUUCGACGAAAAUGCCAGUGAGGUCUGAUUUGGUAUUUACUUAUCAGUUGUUAGGAAAUGGUGUUCAAAAUUUGGUGACUAUUUCGCCUACAUCAAUUAAUCUUAGCAAAGGGUCAAUAUCCUCAGCUUUUACCGUUAUGUGCCCAACAGGCUCUAGUACUGGGAAUUAUACUAUAAAAUGGACAAUGACUGGAGAUACUUAUGACUUAUAUAACGAUCCACCUAUUUCUAGACUAAUUAUAAGCAAUGAAAAUAAUUAUGCAGUCAGCUUUGAAGGUAUUCCUACACUUAUGACAGGCAGUACCUCAAUCCCACUUUAUGUAUACUUAGAGACUGCACCUUCAAGCGGUUUAUCAGUGACCUUUACACCUCCCAGUUUAAUCACAGUUUCAGCCUUAUCAUUUGCAGCAGGGUCUACAAAAGGCAGCUUUACCAUUACAGUUGGUGCAACCAUUACUGUAGGAAUAUAUACAAUAGCUCUCCAAUUAGCAGGGACUGACGCAGCCUCAUUUUACCUGUCAAGCUCAUCCCUCCACGUGACUAUUUCAAACUAUGACACAACUGACCCUGGAAUUGCCUCAUUUGUGAUAAAUAAUCCAAAGCAACAGCAUAUGGUCGACAUAUCAUUCCAAGCGACAGAAGCCUCUAUAUUCUAUUACACCUAUGGAGAAAGAGGUUUGGCUUUGCCUUCUAAUACAAGCCUAAUUAGCUAUGCCUCAAAUAAUACAGCAGGGUACUAUACAGGCUACAUUGGGGCAAGCUUCAUAUACGAGUUUACAAUUUCUGGGCUGACAACAGAGCACGACUAUAUUUUGUAUGGAAUUUUGAUAGAUUUGAAUCAAAAUGUGAUGGAAAGUGUAUUUUCUGUUGAUUUUUAUACAGCGGAGUAUUAUGACUCAAUUAUGAUUACUCUUAAAUUUGCAUCAGCUGUCAAUUCGACAUUACUUACAACGACCGUUAUUAAUGUGCUGGCUCAGCAGUUAGCCAUAUCUUCAUCUCUGAUUGCUUAUAUAACCCCAACCUCUAGGUAUUUAGAUGAUUCUUCUUAUACUACAGCUAGCUAUUAUAUAUACUCAGACCCUACCUCUUCUUUGCCAAGCCCUCAAGACUCAGUUACCUAUAUGGCAAUUCCAUCAGAGCUAAAUAAAAGAUUAUCUGCUUAUGGAAUUACGCUGGACUUGACUUAUAAUAUAGCUCAGUCCAUCACAGUAUUAUCAAACCCAAGGCCGACUUGGAUUGAAGCACCUUCUGCGACCACAACUACAAAAACAGCUGUAACCAUAACUUUGAAAUGCGCAACAGCCGGAACCCUUUAUAUGCAAAUAAUCAAUGACGGCGACGUCAUCCCAUCCUCCCGACAAGUCACCUUAGGAGUUAACGCUUAUGGAAAACCUGCCACUAUGGUUUAUAACCAAACAGUAGCUGUAAAUACAACUGUCACCAUCACUUAUUCAAACUUGUUACCAGAAAGCAGUUACGUCGUAGUCAUUACCUCAAAAAAUAACAAUGCAAGACUGCCAAGAAUAAUGAGCGACGACGUCAUGUCAAAAUUACAAAUCAUUACCCAAGCAGGGACAAUAUCAUCAGACAACAACUCUACCUCAGCAGCUAGCCCAAUUGUAACCUUUGGAGCUCUGCUAUUGAUUUAUCUUCAUUUAUAA